AUGUAUGAUUACUUUGAUAUGAUUCGUGAAUUUGAGGUGAAAAAGAGGAAAUUCGAGUUUAAUUGUCAAAGCGACGUCACAUUUCGUAUCCCAGUUGCGCUGAAGGAAAUUACCGAGAAAGCAUUUCAUCAGUCUUUAUCCGACAGAGUGAAAUCUUUGAAAUAUAGAAAGAAGGUAUUCACAAGAGGAAGAGAUAAGCUUGGUGUCGACUCGUCAAUCAUGCAAAGCUGGUUCACUGAGCCGGUUUCCAAGACGGUGAACCACAUAAGCAGUGCUCUUAAAGAAGAACGAAUGAAAGAUGUUGGUCUUAUCGUCUUAGUUGAAGGGUUUGCGGAGAGUCCAUACGUACAACAGAGGAUUAAGGAAGAACUACCCGGGAAACAGCUGAUCAUUCCUGGUGAGGCUGGUCUUGCCGUACUGAAGGGAGCCGUGAUGUUUGGACACAAGUCUGACAUCAUUUCAUCCAGGGUUAUGGAUUACACGUAUGGGAUAGGUUUACGGUCUAGAUAUGACGAGAAAAAACAUCCAACAGACAGAGCAAAAUACGAUAAUGGAAAAUGGUGGGUCGAUAAAUGUUUUGGGAUAUUUGUAAGAAUGAAUGCAGAGGUGCACGUUGAUUCCAAAGUGACACAUGUAAUCGUUCCUAGACAUGAACGUGGUACAAUUAAUAUAUACAGGACAAAAGACAGGGCUCCAGAAUUCACAACAGAUCCUGGAUGUGAACAACUUGGUCAAAUUAUAAAUUACCACGACACAGACAUUCCACUGAAGGAACAGAAAGUUAAGACAACGUUUAUGUUCGGAGACACAGAGUUGCAUGUAUUCUGUGAGAAUGUAAUGACUGGCAAAGUUGAGACAUUAACACUUGACUUGAGCAAAUGA